AUGUACAAGCUUGUGAUCCUGAUGUGCGCCGUGGCCGCCGCCCACGCCGGGUACCUGGGAGGCUACGCCGCCCCCGCCGUCGCCGUGGCGCCUGCUGUGGCCGCCCCUGCCAUCGCAGUGGCCCACGCCCCCGUGGCCGUGGCGCCCGCCGCCUCUUCGUACGCCAACACGUACCGCGUGUCGCAGACCGCCCGCCUCCUGGCCGCCCCCGCCGUCGCCGCCGCCCCUGUGGCCUACGCCGCCCCCGCCAUCCAUGCACCAGUGAUCCUGAUGUGCGCCGUGGCCGCCGCCCACGCCGGGUACCUGGGAGGCUACGCCGCCCCCGCCGUCGCCGUGGCGCCUGCUGUGGCCGCCCCUGCCGUCGCAGUGGCCCACGCCCCCGUGGCCGUGGCGCCCGCCGCCUCCUCGUACGCCAACACGUACCGCGUGUCGCAGACCGCCCGCCUCCUGGCCGCUCCCGCUGUCGCAGCCGCCCCCGUAGCCUACGCCGCCCCCGCCAUCCACGCCCCUCUGGCCUACGCCGCCCCUGCUGUCGCUGCUCCUAUCCUCAAAGUGAUCCUGAUGUGCGCCGUGGCCGCCGCCCACGCCGGCUACCUGGGAGGCUACGCCGCCCCCGCCGUCGCCGUGGCCGCCCCCGCGGUCGCCGUGGCCCACGCCCCCGUGGCCGUGGCGCCCGCCGCCUCCUCGUACGCCAACACGUACCGCGUGUCGCAGACCGCACGCCUCCUGGCCGCCCCCGCCAUCGCCGCCGCGCCCGUGGCCUACGCCGCUCCCGCCAUCCACGCGCCUGUGGCCUACGCCGCCCCUGCUUUCGCUGCUCCCCUCCUCAAAGUGCACUGA